CCCAGAUCGUCCUGCCCAACAGCAUCCGCCGCCAUGUCCACCAUCAAGCGCAUCAUUCCUCUCCUCGACCGUGUCCUGGUCCAGCGCAUCAAGGCCCAGGAGCGCACUGCCUCGGGUAUCUUCAUCCCCGAGAAGGCCCAGGAGACCCUCAACGAGGGCAUUGUCAUGGCUGUCGGCCCCGGUGCCCCUGACAAGAACGGAGUCACCCACCCCUGCUCUGUCAAGGAGGGCGAUCGCAUCCUGCUUCCUCCCUUUGGCGGCAACACCGUCAAGCUCGGCAGCGAGGAGUACCUUCUGUACCGCGAUAACGAGAUCUUGGCCAAGCUCCUUGAAAAAUAAGCAUCUCUCCCCCUACGACUACGCGCCAUCGGUCCUCUCGACUCCAUGGCCGUGCUCGCCGACUGUCUGGAACUGACGGUGCUCCGCCACCACAUCCCCAAAACGCUGUCCUGGCCAGGCUGGUGCUCAGCGCGAUCUGGAGAAUUUAGACCGGGAGCCGUGGCCAUGCCCAUCCGCACUGCCCUCUUUGUGCCUCUGUAAUAUCCCAUCGCCUUCCCAAUACAUCCCAUCUUUAAACGCAA